AUGGCUGCGGGAUACAUUUGCCGCGCUAUUUCUGCCAAAAGCCCAGAAAGCCUCGCUCCGUACAUUAGUCAAUCACUUUUGAUCCUCCUUCCUCCUUCACUUUACGCAGCAACGAUCUACAUGUUGUACGGACGCAUUGUACAAUGCACGAAGCGUCCCGAUUUAUCCGCCAUUGCUCCCACAAAAGUUACCAAAAUUUUUGUUAUCGGCGACGUCAUAGCAUUCCUCUUACAAUGCAGUGGAGGAGGCCUUAUGGCCAUAUCUGGACUGUCUAGCAUCGGACAGAAAGUGAUUGUUUUCGGUCUCUUCUUCCAGCUACUCUUUUUUGGAUUUUUCCUUUUCGUGUCCGUGAAGUUUGCGCUUCGAAUUCGUCAAACCCAAGGAGGCUUCUUGGGGGCCCCUUGGGGGACUCUCCUGCACAUCCUUUUCCUGAUGGCUGCUUUGAUCAUCUUCCGGUGUGUAUAUCGGGUGGUAGAGUUUUUGCAAGGACACGAUGGCUAUCUUGUUUCGCAUGAGGUUUAUAUGUAUCUUUUUGAUACCCUUCCUAUGCUUCUUGUACAGGUGCUGUUCCAUUAUUGGAAGCCGUACAAAAUGCUCAAUGAUCGCGCUGCGCUUGGGAAAUCCCCAACUUAUGUUAACCUUCAUGAUAUGAGUUAA